UUACUAUUUACUUAAUAUAAAGCAGCAAUUAGAUAGUAAUAAACUGAACUAGUUUCUGAAAGGACCAUCAAGAAUGUAAUGUAUACUACAAAAAUUUGAAUGCUUUCGAAAAAUAGUUAAAAAUGGAAAAAAUUGAUAACAAUCAAGAAAAUGGUGGUUUACAAGAAGUUGUGUAUCAGCCAACCACCACAACCAAUGGACCUUUGAAGUCUGCAGAACUUCGAAAAAGUGGUUCUGGAUAUUUAUAUCUAACAGCCUUUAUAGCAAACGUAAUAACCUUCUCAUCUGGAAUGGCAAUCGGCUGGUCAUCUCCGGUAAUACCCAAACUAUCAGAUCCCGAACACAGCCCUUUUCCAGAGUUGAUACAAACAUCUGAAUCAUCAUUGAUAGCGGGGAUAUUAUUCUUAGGAUGUGCGUUUGGUCCUUUCAUAUUUGGAAAAAUGGCCAACAAAGUUGGAAGAAAGUUUACCUUACUAGGACUAUCAGUUCCAUUUAUAAUAAGCUAUCUAUUCUUAGCCUACACAUCUAGCGUAUAUGUGUACUAUGUUACUAGGUUUAUGAAAGGGCUUAGUAUAGGAGGUGGCUUCGCGGUGAUGCCAAUGUACUUAGGAGAAAUAGCUGAAGACCACAAUAGAGGAAUGUUGGGAUGCCUAGCAGGUGUGGCAGUAACAUCUGGUAUCCUCAACGCGUUCUUGAUCGGUCCAUAUUUGAGCAUUAAAUUGUUUUGCCUGUCGUGUGCAGUAGCCCCUAUACUUUUCUUUGCAUUGGGGUACUUCAUUUUGCCGGAAAGUCCCGUAUUCUUGGCUUCCAAAGGGGAUAAAGAAGGUGUUAGAAGAACGUUGAUGAAGCUACGCUCGAAAAGUUCUGAUGAAGUGCAAGCUGAGGUAUCAGAGUUGAUGAAGUCAUGUGAAGGAAGUACUAAGGAGGGUGGAUAUAAAGUGUUAUUUUCCACUAGGGGAAACUUAACGGCGUUAAAAAUAUGUUUCGGUCUUUUGGUACUCCAACAAUUAUCUGGUAUAAACGCAAUUCAGGCAUUUUUGGAGAACAUAUUCAAAGGUGCGGGCGGUAGCAUACCAUCAGAACAAGCCACAGUAAUUAUAGGCGUUUUGCAAGUCUUUAUCAACAUGGUCACCACAAGCGUCGUUGAACGUCUAGGGCGUAAAUCCUUACUGCUGAUAUCGACAGUCGGUUCAUUCGUCUCAAUUACUAUCCUAGGUGCGUUCUUCUACCUCCAAGGCAAAGGCCACGACGUCUCCAAUCUAUCCUGGCUACCCAUCGUCAGCCUAAUGGCGUACAUCAUAGGUUUCAACCUCGGUUUAGGUUGCCUACCGUGGGUUUUGAUAGGUGAAACCUUCGCUUCAAACGUGAAAUUUCAAGCAUCAACUUUCCUCACUUGUAUGUGUUUUAUAUUUUCGUUUUUGAUAACAAUGUUCUUCCCCAUUGCUUCAAAACUCAUGGGUAUGGCUCUAACAUUCUGGACUUUUGGGGUUUGUUGUGCGUUUGGUAUAAUUUUUGUGGUAUUAGUAGUUCCAGAAACGAAAGGCAAAUCUUUAUCUGAAAUUCAAAUUAUGUUAAACAAAUAGUGAAAUUAGUAUCUAUUUAUUAAGUUUGUUAGGUUUAACUUAUUGUUGUUUAAAAUAUAAUAUAUAAAAGUACUAUGUUUGUUUUAUAUUUAUGUUCGGUCCUGAACUGUUCAUAUAGCUGAAGAAUCAUUUUCACCCUUUCUUGUCCAUAUUUAGAUGUUU